AUGAAGCGCUUCGUGAGAACAUGGACUGCACGCUCCAGCUCCAGCGACAGCGGCACCGAACACCGCGAAGACUCCCCCGAAGCCAUGAUCAGGGCAGAAUUGGAAGCUUUCUGCGAGUCGAGCGCGAAUGGCGCAUCGCAAGGAGCCGAAGUCGUCCACCUCCCUAAGAUUGUCGAUGCCGCCGAAUCCAGCCCGGAAGCUGCCAAAGAGGCAGCCUUGCGAAUUCGAAAAUACCUCGCCGAUCCAGCUGGCACCUCGAACUCCGCCCAGUACAAUGCCAUCAUGCUCAUGCGCAUCCUGGCCGACAACCCGGGCGCCACAUUCACGCGCAACUUCGAUGCGAAAUUCGUCUCGACAAUCAAAUCGCUCCUGCGCACAGGUCGCGACCUGCAUGUCCAGGGUUAUAUACGCCAGUACCUCGAUAUCCUCGAGCAGCAGCACUCAUGGGAUGAGAACCUCAAAUUGCUACUCGCCAUGUGGGCGAAGGAGAAAACAAAGACAUCUCGGGGAUUGAACAAAUCCCCACCCAUUCCACCCAGAUCCUAUAAUAUGCCUGCAUCAGUAUCUCGACCACAGAGGAACGCGCUACCCAGUCCAGAGGAAUUGGCUGCGCGCAUCGAAGAAGCCCGCAACAGCGCGAAACUGCUCACGCAGUUCGUGCAAUCCACCCCGCCGGCCGAGUUGGAGGGCAACGAUCUAGUGAAAGAGUUCCUUGAUCGCUGUCAGACAGGUGCACGUCUAAUUCAAGGCUUCAUCCACGCGAACAACCCCCCACCCGACGAGGAUACAUUGCUUACACUCAUUGAGACGAACGAUGAGAUAUCAGUGGCAAUUUCGCGUCAGCAGCGCGCAAUGCUGAAAGCUCGUAAACUCGCGGGAUCUGCGUCGCCAAGCUCGAAUGUUAAUAGCCCUUCACCGAUGGCUGCAUCUGGUGCCAAUUCACCUGCGCCCGCUCUUUCUGCUCCUGCCCCUGUUCCCGCUGCUGUUGCCCCUGCCCCUCCACCACCCAGUACACGUCCUGACCCUGCGGUCGUGGAGCUUCCAAACACGGUCAUGACGGGUGGUCGUUUGCCGGGCGGCACCAGUCGGUAUGAGUAUAAUGCCGAGGAGUUCCAAGUGCGGAAUCCUUUCGCAGAUGACUAUGAAACUGAGUCCCAGUCGACCAGGCCGCAGGAUCCCCAUACUGACCGGGUACGCUUCCAACCUGCUGAGCAGGGCCGUUAG